GGAUGUGACAUCACAUUUUACUGCAUCUAACGUCACUGAAGGCGGAGAAAACAAGUCGGAAAAACAGUCAGAAUGCAUCACGAUCCAACCAACAGCCAACGGGAUGCUCCCGCAUCACAGCACAGGUGAGACAAUGAGAGGGUGUGAUGAGGUGAGACAGGAUGAACUCAGGGGCAGAGACGGGAUGCGUAAACAUUAGAAAGUCCCAAAAGUAAAAGAAAAAAACAACUCUGCAGCAAGACAGAAACCAUAAACAGAUGCACAAACAGGAAGAGAUCUGUGGUGAAGAGAGACCAUGGCAUGUCUCAGACAAUGGCAGGAAAAAUUGGCAACAAGCAGUGGGCGGAAACAAAAGAAAACUGAUCUCAAAUUCAACCUGAAUGACACUGUUUACCAGCUGAAUCACCGGGUGGGAAGUAUUCAAGAGAGUGACCUCGAAUCUGAAAUGUCUAAUUGCAGCUAUAAGAGGGUAGACUGAAGUCAGUGUGGAGAGCCAAAACGACGAAGGCCGUGUCAGGAUGGCUCCAAAAGCAACUUUACUGCAGAAAUAAACAUUUUACAGCCUCAACGAAAAAGCAUUUUGGUCUCUACGGCUAGUUUUAAAACAGCUGUAUGGGGUUUGGUUUUCUUACAGCACCACCGUGUGGAUUUUUAAAGCUUUCUUAAGUUUAGGUCACUUUGACUGGAAGUUGUGCCAGUGGGCAGCUGUAGCUGUUAGCUGGCUGAUAGCGUCACUGCUGCACCAUGCUCCUGCUGUUAAUGCUGUACCUUGUUAUUAGUCACUAAUAUGCAGAUAUGUGUCUGUGCUUUGCACCUGUGCAGGUUGUAAAUGCAGCUUUCUAACCACGCCUAGUCACAUUGGCUGAUAACUUAAAGCUAACAUGGCAGUAGCUAACAGUAGCUAACACUAACAGUGACACCUCAAAAAAGGGGUCCAAAUACCACCGAAUGACAUCACAGCAGCUACUUUCAUCUUUCAUAUACAGUUUGUGCAAGCAUCCAGCUGUCAGCUGCUAAAUGUGUGUGACUGUGUGUGUGGGCGGGGCUUCAGUGGGUGUCUGUAACCUUAGUGGAGUGAGCAGCAGAGAGUUUUCAGACUGCCUCCAUGUUUCUAACGGCAUCACAGAGCCUCUUAAACUCUGACCCGAGGUCAGUUUAAGAGCUUCCGUCUGGAUACGCAUCCUGUCUGAGAGGACUUCCUGUUUCAGGACGCCGCUGCUGUACUUUUCGCCAUGAGCUGAGACUUAGAGGCUGGGUUUCCUCCCACUCAAUAAGUUCUGACACAUAAACAAACCAAAAAGGUCAGUUUCCCCAAAAUUCUCCAAACAAGAAAUUCCAAAAGGAGCAGCCAUAUGAAGGUUUUCUGGUGCUUCGGUCUGAGUGGUUUACAAACAAGAGCAAAUUCUUGUUAGAGACACAGCUGACUGAAGAGGUUUGCAGGAUCAACAAGGAGAAACACCAGGCUGAACUAAUGGAAAGACUUCCUGUGAAUCAAAGGUUAAGGUCAGACGCUGACAGCAGUGAUGACUGUUCGACGGACGGCUCCUCCACCAAUGACGUCUCUCGACUCCUGCCCGCCCAGCCCUCGUCGUCACCGUGGAAACAGAAAGGUGUGGACAGCUCAUCGUCAACAUCCCCUCCCCCCGUCUGCACUCCUCCAUCUUCCUCUAUGAAAUCUCCUCCUCCACCUGCCUCUCGGUCGUCCACCUCUGACAGACAUCAUCAUCAUCACCACCAUCAGAGCACCAAACAGAAGCGUUUAUCCUCCACUAAAAGCCAAGCCUCCUCCAAGACAGACGCCGCCCACAUUAAGGAGGUCGCUGGAGAUGACUGUUGCGCUCACUGUCUCCUCGCCUGUCUCUUCUGCGAGCUGCUGUCCAUGUGUUCGGCUGUGGGGGACUGUCUGGUGUGUGGAAUGGGCGGAGCCGGGUGCUGCGAUGCUGCGGCUGGCGGUUGCUGCUGCUGCUGCGUGGAGGCCGCAGGGGAGGCAGCUUGCACCGAGGAGGCGUGUCAGGCAGUGUUGGAUUGUGGGAUAAUUGAAAAUUGCUGCGGCUCGUCCGACUGCCUGGAGAUCUGUUUAGAGUGCUGCUCCAUCUGCUUCCCAGCGUAGAGCAGCCAAUCAGAGAAGGACUACAAAAUGAUGUCAAGGUGUGCUAAUGAUGUGGGCUCCAGCACACUUCGCUGACCAGGAGGCCGAUUACAGACUGCACUUAACUUGGACUCAGCUGGGUUUGUCUGGUUUGGUUCUCCAAGUCUACGGGAAAAAAAGAUUGUUUAGAGUUUUCACCAGAAUGAAAACCACAGUUUUUGGUCACUUUUGAUGCGCACAAAAACCCACAAUCUGAACGAAUGUGGGGUUCAGAUGAUGGAAUAAGUAUUUGUAUAAAAAUCUGAGGAACUUUAAUAUAUAGAGGCAGCAACGGUUUGUAGUUUCCACCACAAAAGGUUGAAUUAACUUCCUCAGGGAUCUCAAAUCUGCUUGUCUGCUUGCUGACAUUAAUACACAUCCACAUGUCCAAAUGCUCCAUUUGUGUUCUUACAAGCAAAGCUGUGUUUUUAAAUCAAGGCAUCUUGAUUUAAAAACUAAACCAAGCUGUUUAGCUCCAACAGGCUGGUCUCCCAGGUGUUACAGUCAAGCACAGGAUCCAGGCACCCAUUAAAGAAAUGAUUUAGAAGCUUGAAUGGAUUUAGAAGUUAGCAGUAAGAUAACUAUCUAGAUAUUUAAAGAUGAAAUGUCAUGUUCUGGUGAUCAUAUGUUUACUAAGUCUGUCAUAAUUAGCCACGACGGGACUACACCUACUCAAAAAGAAGGUCAAAUUCUUCCAACAGCAGUAAAAGUAUCAGUGUUGUUGUUUUCACAUGUGUAAGCAAUCCAUACUAAGUAAUAUGUAGUUACCAUAUGAUCAGAUUGCUAAUAUAAACACAGUAGAUUAAGGAAUGUAUGAAAAAAGUUUAGGUUUAAGUGUCAGCCGUUAUGAAAAUGAAUAAAAAUAAUAGAAAGGUAGCCUUCAUAUUGAUGUGGCAGCACGUGGGAGUGCACAAAGGGUGGAGGAUGCCAGGAUGAAGUGCCAAAAAUGGCCUAAACAAAGAGAAUAUGAGAAUAACCAACUUAUAAAUUAAUAUAUUCAUACAUGGCUGCAUUGUUUGGCAUCAAAAACGUAUUAGCCAAAGCUUUAUGCUGAUACCAAAAUCUUAAAGGUUGGAUUUGUUUGUAGCACUCUGAAAAUAUUUUAUGUUGAAGACGUAACUGUGAGUUGCAGGGUGAAUAAAUCUUUAGACCACGUUAUGAAGCACAAUAAAAAGACACAAGUGCCUCUCAAAACACAGGAUCACCUCAGGCAUCCUACGACUCCACAGACAAUCACAGAUAAACUGACAGAAAAGUAAUCCACAACGAUUCUGAAUAAUAGUUUAGGACAUUUGUCUGAUACCAGGAUGUUAAAUGGGCAUAUCUGACAGCUUCUCGUGACAGUAAACUCAACAUCCGAGCAUUUUGGACUGUUGAAUGACAGCCAGGUGGACUAAUCACACACCUUGAUCGCGAUUUGUCCUGUGUUACAUUGUCACAGCUCCUGGGCUUGUUCAGGUAAAUGAUUUCUAACCUUUAUCAGUGUUACAGUAGUUUUACAUUCUCUGGAUUUUGUUUUCCUGCUGAGCUGUUGCACACUGCACAAAUAAAACUGAGAGUUUCUAAAGCCAGUCCCAUCGUGUCUCUGAUUGACAGCUCAGCGGGGGGGAGCAGGGCCGGGUGGAGCAGGAAGUAGCUCCUGUGGGGACAGGAAGCGUGUGUGUUUGUCAAAGCAGUGUGCCAGGACGUCCAAACAGGAAGCAGGAAAUCACUGGAGAGACAAUGGUACCUGACCUCUGACACCCGGGACAGGCCAACAUCAAAGAGAGAUACAUGCACACGUUUGUCCGUUUGUCCUGGUGAGCACUGUGAUUGACGUACUGCUUUCCCUGGCCCUGAACCAGAACCUGGAUCUAAUCUGAACCUUUAGACAGCCUCUGGAGCUCUGACCCAUACUUUUCAAAGAGUGUCCCCAUUUUCCAAAAUGUCCUCACAGCAUUUGACCCGGAUCAUUGUCCCCACGACGGUAGUUAAAAAAGAAUACACACAUGGUAAACAAAACAGCUAUGACAUUUUCCCACAGACUGCUUCUAAAUUCAAACCUAUCAGUGUUUUUUUCACUGGCAGGUUGAUCCACAUUUGCUGCUGUCAUGUAUGAAACAGAUCAUGUCCUGGAAAAACUAAACUCAAAUCCACAUGUUUAUAUAAAUCAGGGCCUGGAGCCAGAUUUAGCUCUUUGCAAAUUUAAAUCAAGCCUGUUGUUAUCAUUUCAGGUUUUGGCCUUUAUACUUUUAGUUGAUAUCAACAAGUAAAAGUAUUCCCUAUUUUUAAUGUGAGUUAUAAAAUUAAAGGUUAACCGUUUCAUCUUUACUUUUUGUUUAGCCUCAAACAUUCAGCAUUUUUAUAUAAGUAGGCUGUUGGCUUUAUAAUAGCCUGCUCGUAAAACUAUAAUAAUCAAGAUGCAUUAGUUUGCUUGACUAAAUGAUUUGAUGGUGAAGCAAUUUUUGUGGAAACUUUUAUUUAAAAAAGCUUUAUGCAACAUUCUUCAAUAUUAUCCAGAACAUUUUCAGGGACAGUAAAUUUAACACCCCUGUUCUAGCCUGUUGUGACUGGUGAGAGUGGCACAAGUCAUUUAUUUAAAUACUUAAGGCAAGCAAACAAAUCUGUCUGCAUUUCUGUACUUUUGAUUGCUUCUUUAUCCACAUUACACUGAACCCCUACAGCCACUCUUGUGGGUGGUGAAACCACAGGAGAGCUGGCCUCAACUGGCCUCCAACCCACUCCACUGGUGUUUCCUUUAUAGAGUUCUUGUGAAUCACACUUCAUCUGGAUGAGGAGGCUGAGGCACAUCCAGGACUUGAGAGUUUAUGUAUCAUGCCUCCUAUGAUUUCCUGUGAAAUCAUAGGAGAAUUUUUGUUCCAGGACAUUUUUGUAAUGGAGUUUUUUUUUUGUUUGUUUGUUUGUUUUUACAGUGCUCUUAUAGAACUUUUACUUCAUUAAAGCUUCUGAGUACCUCUAGAAUAAUUCUUCCAAUUUCCUGGCAUACAAAUGGAUGUUUGUUGUGGACUUUCACCUGUAAUGUAGGUGUUUUUGUUUAAUCAGCAGAACGGCUCCCCCUGCUGGACAUGAACAGAGUGACUCCUGUCUGGUCUAAGUGUUAUAUGCUGUAAAGAGACUGUGUUUUUCUCUACAUAUUACUUUAUUGUAAUAGCUUUCAGAACACUUGCACACCUUCUGCUCAGUUUUCUAGAUUAUUUAAAAUAAUUAUAUUAUACUAAAAUACUUUACAAAGUUAUAAAUGUUAUGAGAUUUCUUGUACAAAAAGGACCAUCAGUUACUUUUUUUCAGUAAUUGAGGAAACACAACACAGAAUGAGACAAUCUUCUGUUUAAUGAUUUAUUUCUAUAUAAAAGUUGGCAUGUGAACCUUGAUGGAUCUAUAAAACAAACUGUUAACUGAGAAUAAACAAUGACAAACUGUACGGUUGUAAACAUAUGAUAAACAUAAAUGACAUAAACAUAGAUUUUAAAAAAAGAAAAAA